AGCAACUUGGGGUAAAUGUAAAUGGAACGAUUAAAAGAGAUACAGACGGUGAGAAUACUGUUCAAAUAAACAUGUUGGUGUUAUGCCAAAUUUUAUGCUUAGCAACAGAGCGCAGGGCUAACACACCUUUUGUCUGUUUGCCCCCAUUCUAAUGCGUGAUAAACACGAUCUUCUUAAUCCAGUUAUUGUCUGUGAGGAUCGAAUACCUACAGCAUGUUCACGCUUCUCCUCAAGGGGACUCUAUAUAUGUCUCACGAAAGUCCAUGAUUCAUGGGACGAGUUUUUCUUUAUUUCUUACCAACUUGAUUUCUUGGCGUUUGGAUACUUUUAGACACUGAACCACUACACAUUGAAGUGACAGGCAGCCUGAGCUGAAGUGACCAUGUCAAACGGAGAGGAGUCCGAGGAGGUUGGAUCACCAUCGACCAGAACUUGUGGGCAUAGUCGAGAGAAAAAGUCAGACAUUAAUGGCAAUGAGAAGCUGACAGAUCUUGGAGAAGUGAAGGAGGAAUCUGAAGAGGCUGAUGGGUAUGCAGCUGACACAGAGACAGGCGGCAAGGGAAUCUACUCCAGACCUGCCACAAGCUCUGGUGCCAAGGAGGAGCAGUCACAGAAAAUCCGUCCCCCUAGUCGAUCGGACAGCACUUUCAUGACAAAACCCAAACAGGAAGUGAGCCGUGAAAACUCUCGACUAAUAUCAAGCCGAUCCAGCACAAGUCUGAGGCCUAGUGGCCAGGCGAGUCGAAACUGUCCACCAUCGUCUAACAACAGGAAGACAGUGAGUCGUGCCAAUCGUAAGUCUCGACCCCAGAGCUCAGGGUCGCAGACAGACCGCUUCCAGAGCUCUGAGAGUGAGAGUGAGACAGAUGGACCACGCACCCGGCUGGAUGCUGCCUCUGUGUCUGACAUUGAGUUUGGCGGCGUGGACAUCACGGAUGAAAGGGCCUGGGACACAGAUCUGGAGGUGGAAGAGCCACGUGAAGCUUAUGACCACACAGGGAAGGCUUCAUACAUUGAGGGAUGUAAGAGACUUGGGGUGAUCCCUGCAUCCUACUUCCUCCGCCACAUGAAUGACCCUCACCUUGACAUGAAGCACCAUGGGCUAGGGGUCAUUGGGGUCAAGGCCAUUGCUGUCUCCUUAGUGUCCAACCCUCACGUAACACAUCUGAACCUGAGAGACAACUGGCUUGGGACAGAAGGGGGCGUGGCCAUCUGUGAGAUGCUCAGAGAAAACUGUUUUAUCGUGGAUUUGGAUUUGUCUGACAACAAGCUGGGUAUGGAGUUUGCUACUGUCAUCACAGACGUCAUUCUGAGCAGUGGUAACCUGACACACCUCACACUGUCAGGAAACAAUUUUGAUGACAGUGCUGGGCAGCAUUUUGCAGAAGCAAUUAUGAACACGCGCCAUCUUGAGUACCUAAAUUUGAGUCACAACCGGCUGGGAGAAGAGGCUGGAGUUGCCCUGGGUCCAGCCAUCUCAGAGAACAGCAGUAUUAAACACCUAGACCUCAGCUGGAACAGUCUGCGUCGUAAGGGGGCCGUCUGUGUGGCCAUGGGGCUGAAGAACAACGUGUUUAUGAAGAAGAUUAACCUGUCCUGGAAUGGUUUUGGUCUGGAUGGCUCUCUGGCGUUAGGUGAUGCUCUCAAAGGCAACUCGGUGCUACAGGAACUGGAUAUCACGAAUAACCGAAUCACAGCUGAAGGUGCUGUUUGGAUUGGCAAAGGCCUGGCCGUCAACGAAACUCUAAAGACUUUAAAGAUGGCCACAAAUCCUAUGGAGUCUCCAGGAUGUUACGCAGUGCUCGCUGGAAUUCUACGCAAUCAGUCAUCUAUAAUUGAAUUCCUGGACUUUCAUGACAUUCAGGUGAACAAGGACUUUGAGGAACUUCUCCAGCAGGUGCAGGUGCAGUACCCUGAGCUGAAGGUUGUCCAUGGAGGUACAGAACUGAUUAAAAAGUCUAAAGUUAAGCUCCACCCUAUGCUAAAGCUACGCAACUACAUAGACCGGCACAACAUUCGCAUGAUAGACUUCUUCAAUAAGUUUGACAAGGACGGCAGUCUGAGCGUGUCUCGGGAGGAGUUCGUUCAUGGCCUGGAGGACAUAGGGAUCCAGUUGACAGACGAGGAGGUCGAGAUACUGGUGAAUGAGAUGGACAGAGACGGGGAUGGGGAAAUAAAUUACAGUGAACUUGUGAUAGGUCAGCGAGACUUCAUGGAGAAAGAGGAACAGCUUCAAAAGGCCUUGAUCAGUGCUGCAUAAUGAACAAAACAGUUUACUUCCACCUGUUCUGAUGCCCAACAGUGGGCCAGUGAGGCUGUCUGUCCUUUGCUAGCACAUGUAUAGUGAACAAGAUAGCUCUUCAACCUGGGGAGAAAGCAAGACAAUCUGUCCUCUUAUGAAAAUGUCUGUUACCCUGCUUAAUGAGAUAAUCUCAUCUAGAAUGUCUGUUGUUUACAAGG